CUCAUCAGCGCUCUCUGCUCCGGCUGAGGAUGUGCUGGGCUGGCAGGACGAUGCUGGGGACCUUCAGCAUCUUGCUAGUGCUUGUCCAGGCAGCAGCAGCCUGUGAGUUUGGGCCCUUCCCCUACAGAGCCACAGGGAUCGUCUGCAGGAUGACCAAGCCCGCGGCAUUGCUGUUGAACCAGGAAACGGCCCAGGUCAUUCAAGCAGCCUUCAGAAACGCCAAAUUCCCCAACAUCACUGGGGAAAGGUCCAUGAGGAUCCUGGGCCGUGUGGCUUAUGGGCUGAGCAACAUCCAGGUCAAUGACUUGUCCAUCCAGAGGAGUGAGGUGGAGCUCAAGGAGGACAAAGCCAUUCACAUCUCCAUUAAAAACGUGACAGCCUUGUUCAAAGGGACCCUGACCUAUGGCUAUGCCGGGGCCUGGUUCUUGCAGCUUUUUCAUUCAGUUGAUUUUGAAAUUGAGUCUUCCAUUGACCUCCAGCUAAAUAUCGAUCUGGUCUGCCAAAAGGACCAAGUGGCUCCUGAUGCCUCAGACUGCUACCUGACUUUCCACAAACUCACACUUCACCUCCAAGGAGACAAGCAACCUGGCUGGCUGAAGCAGCUCUUCACAGAUUUCAUCUCCUUCACUCUGAAGCUUGUCCUCAAGAGGGAGGUGUGCAAGGAAAUAAAUGCUGUUGCUCAGACGCUGACCAAUUUUAUACUUGAUUUAGCAGCCAAUUUUGUCCGGGAUAAGGACAUCGUUGUUGAUAUCUCCCUCGCAUCAGACUCUGUGAUAAAAGCAAGCUACAUAGAAUCCCACCACAAGGGCCUUGUCCUGUACAAGAACAGCUCCAGCGUGCUCAGUGACUCUGUGUUCUCCCCGUCGCUGCUGACCGAGUCCCGAAUGCUCUACUUCUGGCUGUCCGAGCACAGCCUCAGCUCUCUGGCUGCAGCAGCUUUCUUAGAUGGGCGGCUGCUGCUGAACCUCAGAGGGGAGAAAUUGCAGGAGCUGUUUGAGAUGGAAGACACAGAAGAGCAGCGGAAGGCAGUGCAGAUGAUUUUUCAAGGAACCUCCUACAAUGACUCUGUGGCCAAGGUGUGGAGUCUCACCCAGCCCCAGAUUUCUCUUCAGCCUGAGGGGACAGUGGUGAGGUCCUUGGUGGCAGUGGAGGUCAGCAUCCUGCUCGCAGGAGAAGAGCCCCUGGUGUCUCUGUACAUGGAGAAGGAAAUCACAGCCACUAUCCAAGCUACCUAUGCAGAAAAGAAACUCAUUUUGCAGCCUGUGGACUCCAGUGUCGAGAUUAAAGUGUUUAAAUGCAUAGCUGAUCCAAGUGGGGAGGACCCAUCCAUACAAAGCUUCCUGAAGAAUAUGAUCUUGGUUGCUGGCAUUCCAGAAGUAACUUCAAGUAUUGGAUCAGCUCUGACUUCACUGAUGAACAGCAAAAGGCUUGAUCUCUUUGAUAUCAUAAAUCCUGAGAUCAUCACCAGAAAGGGAUAUGUAAUUGUACAGCUUGACUUUGGCUUCCCAAGUCAUUUGCUUCUUAAUUUUCUUGAGAAAAGUUGGUAGAGCUCAUCCCUCCACAGAGGAGCACAGGAACUUGUGUACAACCAGAAAAAUUGCAUCUGAACCAAUUAAAAGAUGAGCUGCUUUGAAUCAGUUUCAAUUGAAUUUCAUUUCCUUUUCCUGAGAAACGUUCUAGGCUCUGUGCAACUGUGCUUCCAUGGAGUCUUUAUUCUGCAAAGAUUUUGAAGUCUGCACCUCAAUCCAUGCUACUUUUCCAGGAUCUUUAAGGGGCUUGUGUUUUUAGGAGUCACGGCUGGGCUCUUGAAGUGCUCAGGCUUUGGGUUAGCAGUCUCAGGAGACAGCAGAAAUGGAUUUUGCCACCUUUUGGUCUCUCUGUUGCUACAUUUUGGAAAUACAGCAUCUUUCCUGCUCAUCCUGGGUUUCCCUUCUGCCAAGAGCAUCCUGAUUUUGACAGAAUCCAGCAAGUCAAAUGAUAUUACCAAACUCCAAGUAAGCUCAGAACCAGUAAUGCUAAAAGACCUGGAUAUGGCUGGAAAAAGUAAAUGGGAUGUGAAUUUGGAGUGCAAUAAAAUAACAGAGAGA